UUUUCAAAAACGCCGCAAAAGAAAAAAAAAAAAUCAAAAUCCCGCUCACCCUAAAAAAAACUUUUGUUUAGCCGCUCGUUACUCCCUCUUCUUCUCAUCUAUGUCGCUCGCCCUAAAUUCCCCAAAUAAAAUUUAGCUACUCUUAUUCUACACUUUCCUUUAACUUCAUCCAUCUCUCUUUCCCUUCUCCAUUAUAGACCCUUCUUUUGACUUUUCUGUGCUUUCUUUCGAGGUAAAAACUAGGGGAAGGUAAUACUGCUGUGAAGUUCAGCUUUGGGUUUUCUUUUUUGGUUUAGGUAAUGGCGCUAAGGCUCGAUGGCACAGAUGUUUCGGGGUUUAAAUUCCUCUUCUCAUUGGAGGUCAUGUAUGGUCUCAUGUAUGGUUUAGGUAAUGUACACCAAGUUCAUCACGCCUUUGGGGAUCGAUGCGCCUCUCGAUAGUUUCUCUGAAGCCAGAGCUAUCCAGCAUGUUCGAGUCUUAGCACAUGAAAUCGAUGGUCGUCAAGAAGGGCGUCAGGGUUUGAGAGAAGCAGCAGAGUAUAUUAAGGCACAGUUGGAAAGGUUGAGGGAGAGAGCUGGGUUAAAUUUCAGGAUUGAGAUUGAAGAGAAUGUUGCUGGUUGGUCAUUCAAUAUGAUGUUCUUAGGCCAUGGAUUGUCAACUCUUACUUUUGAUGUGCCAAUGUCACCAAAGAAGGCUCUCCGUGCUGCAAUGCUGAAACGUUGUUUUGCAAACACUAUUCUGAAAGCUCAGAAGAAGGCACUACUGGAUCAUGUAAAGUUUUUGGCUGCUAACAACGAAAAGAAAAGGCAAAGAUUGAAACUCAAAUCUUAGCCGCUGAAGCAGCAGCAAAAAUGAAGGCAGAGGUUGAGCUGAAAAAGCAACGGGAAAGAGAAAUAGGAGCUGCUCGAAUUGCAUUACAAAAGGAUUCACAUUCAAGGAGCAAGAAACAUCGUAGCAACUCAUUGAGAUUGAGCAGUCAGAAUUCAGAAUCAAGCGACACACAAGAGCUAUAUUUGGAGCUUAGACUGUCACUGUAAUCAGUAAAUUUUUCUGCCACUUUAAAUGCAUGCUCAUGGAAUUGCAUUUUAUGCUUUCCUAGAAUUGUAAGUUCAAAUAAGGUGUUGAUCUUGCAAUUCAUACACAACUUGAGCAAGUUGAUAUGAACUAGUUUAAAUUUUUUUUAAAAAUUUCAAAUGAAUCUUAUGUAAUCAAAGGCAAUUUGACUUGCUGCAUGAGAUAUAGUGAAAAACAUUGAUAUUCUUGUUUAUGAAUUUCCAAAGAAUGGAGUGAUGUAUGUACUGAUAAUAACAUUUUUAAAGGAUUUGCUUAAGCAGGUAAA